CCGAUCCGAAUCGCUGACGCGGCUCAAAUUCACUGGAAUCACAACAAAACCAGCGACAAUGGAGCUUCACUUCUCUUGACUCCGUUUUAAACAAAAAAGAAAAAAUAUUUCAGUUCAAAUUUCAAAUAUUUGAAAUUCUAAAUCCUCUCUUUCAAUGGAGACACAAUUUUCUUUUCCCAUAUUCAUCCUCACUUUCUCAGUCAUCUCUACUCUCUCCUUAUCCUCCUCAUUCUCCCCAUUCUCCCCCAUCGAUAACAGACUUAUCAACUGUGGCUCGGCCGUCGAUGCCACCGUUCACAGCCGCCGCUUCGUUUCCGAUGACGAAUUCUCCAACUUUAACUCUCCGCUUCUCUCUUCUAUUCGUACGAACCCGAUUUCUGAUCAAAAUACGCACCCUAAUUAUCCUCAAAUUUACAAUACAGCUAGGGUUUUUAAUAAGCCUUCGAAGUAUGUUUUCGAGAUCAAGGAUCCUGGGACCCACAUGGUACGCCUUCAUUUUCAUCCUUUCAUCUCUUCGAGUAUUAACUUAAAGAAUGCUCAAUUUCACGUUUUGGUUAAUGGAUAUGUCGUUCUGAGCAAUUUUACUGUACUAAAUGUGGGUAACCCACUAGUUAAGGAGUACCUUAUCUGGGUUGAUUCUGGUAAGGUUAUUAUUACCUUUAUUCCUACAAGAAAAGGUGAAUUUGGUUUUGUUAAUGCAAUUGAAGUUAUAUCUGCACCUAAAGAUUUGAUUGCUGAUGUAGCAACCCGGGUGAAUGGUUAUAAAAAUGAAAAAUUUGAUGGAUUAAAUAAACAGGCUCUUGAAAUGUUGUAUAGGGUUAAUGUUGGAGGCCCAAAGAUUACACCUUUCAAUGAUACAGUUUGGAGAACAUGGAUUCCUGAUGAUCACUUUUUUGAAUUAAAUAAGUUGGCUACAAGGAUUUAUUUCAGUGGGAGAAUUAACUACCGAAGUGGAGGUGCGAGUAGAGAAGUUGGUCCUGAUUUUGUAUAUAAUACUGCUAGAGUAAUUACUAGCAAGAAUUCUUCGGUCCUUAAUGCGAAUAUGACAUGGGUGUUUCCAGUGAUCCAGGGUUAUCAAUAUCUUGUUAGAUUGCAUUUUUGUGAUAUUGCUAGCAUGUCACUUGGUUUGCUAUAUUUCAAUGUGUAUAUCAAUGGACAUUUGGCAUUUGAAAAUCUGGACCUUAAUACUAUCACAUAUAUGUUGGCUUCUCCAGUUUAUGCUGAUUUUGUUGUUGAUAGUGAUAGCAAUGGGGCCUUAAGAGUGAGUAUUGGACGUUCAAACAUGAGCAUGGCACAUACAGUUGAUGGCAUUUUGAAUGGAGUAGAGAUCAUGAAGAUGAAUAAUUCAGUGGGUAGUCUUGAUGGAAAUAUGUGUGCAGGGAUGGUAUUAAGAAGUUGGCCAAGAGAGCACAUUGGUGUUUUGGUUCCUUUGGUUGCUGUUGUCUGUGUGUUGUUGAGUGUGUAUGUAAUCAUGCAUAGGAGAAGUGUUGAUGCGAGGGACUCUAUUGCAUGGUCUAAAUUGCCUACUGAUACCUCACAAGUUAUGUUAAAGCACGGCAAUCAUCCUCUAUCCUCCAAAAUUUGAUGUUGCUUCAAGAUCAAUGCAAGCUGUUGUAUGAUAUAAGUAGGAUGGUGGUCUUCUUAGUUUCUCACAUUGUGUUAUUAAAGGUCAUGUGUGGUUCUGGACUUUCUAGUUUUAAGUCUUUAAAGAGUUUAUUGAACUUGGAGUCUAUGCAUGUGUGUGUGUAUUAUAGAAGGAAUUGUAAGUAACUUGUACUUGUAGCAUAUAGUGUAUUGGCAAAAUAACUUCUUGCAUUUCCUUGUUGCUCUUGUGUCACUUUGUGCAUCUCCCUGGUAUUUGAGAUUGCUGUGUCCUUAUUCCUAUCAAGAAGUUCUUUUCUUGUCA